AUGGAAGCGGUGACGCGGAAAGAUGUGUAUGCAUGGCUGCUGGGCCCUCAUGUUUCCAAUGGACUGUACGAAGACGCGAUUGAGGCUAGACUGGACGGCACCUUCGACUGGUUUCUCACACAAACCUUGUUUCUUGACUGGAUCUCUCCCGAUUUCCCGGCAAAGAUGGCCAAGACUAUGUGGAUUCAUGGGGCACCGGGGUGUGGGAAGACCAUUCUGUGCUCAAGGAUUGUGGAACAUCUGCGCUCCACGCUCGAUCCGCCACCAGCGCAUUUUUUUUAUUCCUUCGACGACCAAGAGAGCCGCAGAGAUCCGUUCGUGGCGGUUCGAUCGUGGCUCACUCAGGUACUCCCUCACCCAGCCGCGUUCGAGCUGGUAAAGGAGGAAUGGGAGUCUCAGGAUGGCCAGGCAGCGUCGCGGGCUGACGUCUUGACGGUUUUCCGAAAGAUUGUUCGGGCCAUUCCGAAGUUGACCUUUGUUCUUGAUGGCCUCGAUGAAUGUGAUGGAGCAAACCAACCCUGGGAAGCCGACCACAUGUCUGUGGCCAAUUUUCUCAAGACCAUCAAGCAAGCGGUCGCCGGUACUACUACAAGAGUCAUGAUUGUCAGUCGCAACAUGUCCGAAAUUCGACAAGCUAUGCUUCGCGAUGAAGGUGCGACAUGCAUUGAGUACAAGCUCUCUUGCGACGAUGUCCAACCGGAUAUAGAAUUGUACGCCAGAAGCGUUGUCAACGAGAAACUACACAAUAAAGACGAUACCGUAAAAAACAACAUCUCUCUCAGGCUAGCAAGUCGCUGCAAUGGCCAGUUUUUAUGGAUCAAGUUGCAAGGACAUACGCUCCGCAGUAGCAAGAACAAGAAACAGCUCGAGGCAUCCAUUGAUCGGUCACCAACUGCGCUGACACACCUCUACGAGCGAGACUGGCAGAAAUUACUGGGUCUCCCACCGGAGGAAAGCACACGAGCCAUUCACCUCUUGCGAUGGGCGGCAUUUGCCCUACGUCCGCUUACAGUCGCUGAAAUAACGGAAGCGCUGCUCAUCAACGAUGACUGUGUCGAUUUUCCUGUUGAUGAGAUGCCAGACUCUAUCGAUCAAGACUACGUCGAUGGAGAAAUACGGCGCCUCUGCGGGUCUCUCGUGGAGAUUCGCAGCGCGCCGUUGGACCCCAUCGUUGGCUCCCAGACUGUGCAUCUCGCACAUUUCUCCGUCAAGGAGUUUUUUGUCAGCAGAGUGACCGCAGGAGAAAACGUCGUGGUAGCUAAUGAGCGGCUGCGCAACUCCAACGAAGCGACGCAAAACAGCGUCCUUGCCUUGAUGUGUCUUCGUUACGUGAAUUUUCGCACCGUUUGGCUUGGUCAAGAUGAAGAGUCAGACAAAGUCCAAGUGAAAGAACGGUGGCCACACCGCUUUGCUACGCCGCGCAACUGUGUUUGA